AUGGAAAGUUCAUCAGAGUGGGACAAAAGAAGGUAUGUUCCCCAAAAGGGCGACCCGGCGCUGCCUCCACAACUAGCGGAUUACUCAAGUAAAACAACGGAAGAGGUCAUGAAGGAUAUCAACCGGCUGCCUCUGUUCAUGACCGAAUUGGAUGAGACAGAUGGGGAGGGAGGAGAGAACGAGGGCUUGGAAGCCUUGAAGGCUUUAGCCUACGAGGGUGAGCCAGAUGAGGUUGCCUCAAACUUCAAAAACCAGGGAAAUGACUGCUACAAGUCUAAACAGUAUCAAGAUGCUGUCCAAUACUAUACCAAGGCUCUAGAGGUUAAGUGCGACGAUGCGGCGAUUAAUGCUUCUUUGUACCUGAACCGAGCUGCCUGUAACUUGGAGCUGAAAAAUUAUAGAAGAUGCAUCAACGAUUGCAAACUGGCAUUGUUGUUGACUCCUGAUAACGUCAAGGCUUACUAUAGAUCGGCCAAGGCGUAUUUGGCAUUGGGUAAACUAGACGAGGCCUCAGAGUUGGUAGACUUUGCCCUGAAACAACAGGAAGAGCAUGAAGUUAAACAGGACACAAAAGCCCUUGAAAUACUUGGAACACAAAUAAAACACCAGAAGGAGAAGCUUGAAGAACAGGAACGACAACGGAACGAGAGAGAGAACGCCAAAAAGGCCAAAGAGGCUGCAUUGGCCGUGGCAUUAACUUUGCGAGGUUACACUAUAAUUCACACCAAAGAGCCAUUUGGCAUUUUGCAAGAUAAGAAGAUCACCCUUGAAGCGGAAACCGAUGUGGAGAGUCAAAUGAUAUUCCCUGGAAUGGUCCUGUACCCUACCCUAGACGAAUGGGACUUUGUAGAGCAAAUUAGUGAGUUGAACACACCAAAGGAGAUUAUUGGAAUGCUAAUGGACCGCCCACCGGAAUAUUUUGCACAGCCUGGCCAUGGAAACUUCCAGCCAAAGAAUCUGCAGGCGUACAUGCAGACUCAGGGCGGAGGGUUGGUUAAGGUUGGAAAGAACCUGAGUUUUAAGGAGAUCUUGAGCUCCAAACAACCAAUCAUCCCUCUAAUGGACAACUCUUUGCGGAUUUACGUAGUGCCCAAGCAGGACGGGGACUUUUUGUCCCAGUGGAAUAAGACUAAAGCGCUUAGUGAAAGAAUGUGA